GAGGGGCGGGCCCGCCAGGGAGCGCGAGCGUCCCGGGCCAGCGCCCCGCGGCGGCCGGCUGGCCAUGCUCAUCACGCUCUGCUACCUGUACCUGUGGGCGCGCUGGGGGCGCCGGCCGGCCGCGCUCGUGCGCACUACAGUGCGGCGGCUGCUCGCCACGCGCUGCUCCUUCACGUUCUGCGGCGCGGCCGCGCAGCCCCGGGACGCCCGCGUGUGUCUGAGCUUCGGCGGCCGCGUCUUCUGUGUCAGUGAGAGCCAGCCCAUCGAUGACUUGAACAAAUGGGCCCUGUUCCUUGUCUCUCCUCUUAUACUUGAAGCCGAACACAUAGCAUUUGUGACAGAGAGCACUUGGGUGCAAGGUGACAAUUCACAGAGACCGUCUUCUUCAGACCCUAUUGUGAAGUGGGCAGACUGUUGUUUGCCGUUAGCUUGCAGACCUGGGGACCCUUAUCAGUUGAUUGCCAGAGCAAGUGUGGAUGACUUCAGCAGGCUGGGGGUGGCGUUCAUGGAAGACCGACUCCAGAUGGCUAAUGGACUGAUACCCCAAAAGAUUGUUUCAGUGCACCUGCAGGACUCUGCGCUGAAGGAGCUUAAGGACCAGGCCACACACACGCCAGCCCACGUCCUGCAGCCGAGCCCUGACCCUGCCACUGAGCCCGAGCCUGAGCCUGACACAGGCGGGAUGGAGCGUGCUGGAGAUGGCACCUCUGGGAGUGAGCCUUCCCAGGACAGCGACAGAGGGGAGGGCUGCAUCGAGCUCUGUCACCUCCAUCUGUCUAGUUGCCACGAGUGUUUGGAGCUAGAGAACAGCACCAUUGAAUCCGUCAAGUUUGCAUCUGCAGAGAACAUUCCAGAUCUUCCCUAUGACCCCAGUGGCAGUUUGGAGGGUGGUGCUGUUGCCACCUGCCCUGAGAGAGAAGGGAGGAGAGGCAGCAUCACAGGGAAGACACCCAACAUCCUCAUCUAUGUGGGCUCUGACUCCCCGGAAGCUCUAGACAGGUUCCAGCGGGUGCGGUCGGUCCUGGCUGACUGCGUGGACCUGGACGGCUACACCCUCUACCUCCUGUCGGGGGAGAGCGCGCGCAGGGACCCGUGGACAGACAACUGCCUGCUGCUGGUCCUCGCUGGCAGGGAGGCUGUUCCUGAAGACCUGCAUCGGAAGUUCAUGGCCUACCUUUCUCAGGGAGGGAAGGUGUUAGGCUUGUCUUCGUCCUUCACGUUUGCCGGCUUCCAGGUGACCAACAAGGACGCACUGCGGGAGGCGGUCCAGGACUUGGUUUUCUGCAAGGCUGACCAGAGCCAGGUGAAACUCAGCGUCCUGAGCAGUGGCUGUGUUUACGAGGACGGCCUCGGGGAGCAGCCCAGCCUGGGCAAGCUCCGGGGCCACCUGGAGAACGAGGACAAGGACAGGCUGAUUGUGCAAGUGCCUUUCGGAGCACGUGGGGGAGAGGCUGUUCUUUGCCAGGUGCACUUAGAACUACCUCCCACCUCUUCAAUCGUGCAAGCCGAAGACUUUAACCUGCUCAAAUCUAGCAAUGUUCAAAGAUACGAAGUCCUCAAGGAGAUCCUGACCGCCCUUGGCCUAAGCUGUGACGUCAGACAAGUUCCUGCCUUAACACCCCUUCACUUACUGUCUGCGGCAGAGGAAAUCUGGGAUCCUCUCAUGCAGUGGCUGGGGAAGCAAGCGGGUCCUGGUGGAGUCAUCAAAUCCAGCAAGCUCUCCCUCAAAUUUGUCCCCUCCUGCACGUCUGCAGUAGAAGUCACACCAGCCGCUCUACCUGUGGUGACCGACACGACGGCCUUCUCAUCAGAACACUUCGACUUGGAGAUCUACCGACAAAACCUGCGGACAAAGCAGCUCGGAAAAGUAAUUCUGUUUGCGGAAGUGGCGUCUAGCACCAUGGAUCUUCUGGAUGGGUUGAUGUUUGAGAUGCCGCAGGAAAUGGGUUUAAUCGCCAUCGCAGUCCGCCAGACACAAGGCAAAGGGCGAGGAAGGAACGCAUGGCUGAGCCCCGUGGGAUGCGCUCUUUCCACACUGCUGGUCUGCGUCCCGCUGAGGUCCCCCCUGGGGCAGAGGAUCCCGUUCGUCCAGCACCUGAUGUCCCUGGCUGUGGUGGAGGCGGUCAGGUCCAUCCCCGGGUACCAGGAUAUCAAUCUACGGGUGAAGUGGCCCAAUGAUAUUUAUUACAGUGACCUCAUGAAGCUGGGUGGAGUUCUGGUCAACUCAACGCUUAUGGGAGAAACCUUCUACAUACUUAUUGGCUGUGGGUUCAACGUGACGAACAGCAACCCCACCGUGUGCAUCAACGACCUCAUCACAGCGUACAACAGGGAGCACGGGGCGGGGCUGGAGCCCCUGAGACCCGACUGUCUCAUCGCCCGGGCCGUGACCGCGCUGGAGCAGCUGAUCGACAGGUUUCAGGACAGAGGGCCGCACGCCGUCCUCCCGCUUUACUACAGAUACUGGGUGCACAGUGCCCAGCAAGUCCACCUGGGAAGCGCCGAGGGGCCGAAGGCAUGGAUCGUGGGCCUGGACGAUUCUGGGUUCCUGCAGGUUCAUCAGGAGGACGGCCAGGUGGUGACUGUGCAUCCAGACGGAAACUCCUUCGACAUGCUCAGAAACCUCGUCGUCCCCAAAUUGCAGUAGUGCCUGUGCAGGAAGACGGCCUGGGGCUGGGGUGCUCAGCGAGGGCCUGGCGCUGGAGCAGGGCGGGGCAGGGCAGUGGCCGUGAGGACUCGGGACCGGCCUCCCGGGCACGAGGCUGCAGCGAGUGUUCCAAUCGGGCUCCUGCCCUUGCCUCACCUGAGGAUCUAGAAAACUGACUUAGAGGGGUAGGUGAGUUUCCUCCCCCUCGGUUUGCCUGUUAGUUCUUCCCUUUGGUGCUGUCGGGUGUCACUGCACUGGGUGUCGGACGAUGACCUGGGUCGGGGGUAGACAUGUGGGAAGAUUCCUUCGGGGGAGCCCUGCAGCAGGUGUGACACUUUUCUCCCCUCUCGGGCCUGGGAGGUGUUUGUUGCUCCCCACCCCGAACUUCUUUUUACAUGGAAGCCGCAGUGGAAUCAUUCAGAAGUUUCCCAGUGGUGGAGCCCUCUACCCCUAAACUAUUAAAAAGCAAAUCAAAGAAAGCUCAGGCUGGGGCCGGGGUGGGGGGUGGGGGCU